CAAAUAAUAAACACUCUCGUUAAAAUAUAAUCUACCGGUUACUGUGCCUGUAGCUGCCGUCUCUAAAUAAUGUACAGUCCCGGGUGCCGGUGGUGGUAAAAAUGCAGCUGACAAUAUGUGUAUGGGCAGCAGUUUGCCUGCAGCGAAACGUUAUCGAUGGAUUUUUGGUAGAAUUGGAACCAUUUCCUAGCUUCCACCAACAACCGCCAGAGACGUCACCACCAGUACGCUCCUGCGGCGAAACAUUCAACCUGACCGAUCCACGGACCUGCUGCAGCAUACCGUACCUGCUACCGGCGGACGUGGUGGAACCGUGCCUCGAGAUUCCACUGUCAACGAUCGCUCUGGCAGGUGAAAAUUGUCGUGCGGAGUGUGUCCUCAACCGGACCGAAAUGCUGGUGGACGGCCAUUUCCAGCUCGAGACGGCAAUGAAACAGCUGACCAACGCCACCAGCGAGGAUAGUACGCUAACGAAGCGCAUUCAGUACGCCAUCGGCGCAUGCAAUGAGCUUUUUUUGAACCCAACCGUAAUUAAUUUGACGGACUCUUGCACCUCAACGCCGCGGCUUCUGCUAGAUUGCAUUUUUGCCGUUACGUAUCGGAAUUGUCCACCCCAGUACUGGACAGCGUCGGACGAAUGUAACCAGCUGGUACGCACACUGAACAACUGUCCCCAUUUUCUGGUCCACACUGAUACGUUUUAAACCAAGCCAAACUGUUCGGAUGUUUCGCUUACGCCUUUUCCUACAACGCAAAACCGCUGCCGUACAUUUUA